CAUUUAUUUGACCCGCCCACACCCUUUUUGUUUAUUUUCUGUUUCUCAGUCUCUCUCUCUUUCCCAACUUCGAAGCUUCAACAGAGCAAGACACAUCGUUAGAAAGCUAAACAAGAGAAGAGCAUGGUGUUGCCAGAUGCUUCUGGGGAUGUGCUGUCAGAAAUGGACGUGGAUGCUUUCAGACGCCUGUUUCCUCUUCGUUUUUUUGAGACUCAUCUUGUUAAAUCUACACGACCUGAUGGCAGGUCACUGGCUGAAGCUAGAGAGACUUCUUCAGCCCUUGGGGCUGUUGCAUCUGCUGAUGGCUCAGCAUUAGUAAAGAUUGGUUCAACUAGAAUGUUGGCUGCUAUAAAAAUGGAGGUCAUGACCCCUUCAAAAGAAUCACCGGAUGAGGGUUGCAUAGCAAUUGAUUUCCACAUGCCUCCAAUUUGCUCCCCAACUGUUAGGCCUGGCAGGCCAGCUGAGGCAGCACCUGUGGUGUCGAAGCAGUUAUCUGACACUAUUUCAAGUUGUGGCAUGAUUAAUUUGAAGGAGUUAUCCUUGAUCAGCAGAAAGGCUGCUUGGAUGGCCUACCUGGACAUAUAUUGUUUGGAUGCUGAUGGUGCUCUUUUUGAUGCUGCUUUGCUGUCAGCAGUUGCUGCCUUUUCUCACUUGCAGAUUCCUGUAGUUUCUAUGAAUGAUGAUGGGAAAGUAGUGGUUUUGUCUGGAGAUCAUGGAGGAAAGGAGCCAGUCAAUAAAGGGAAGAGGAAACUCACAUUAAGCAGUAUUCCAUUUUCAUUAACAUGCUUGCUUCAUAAGAAUUACAUCUUGGCUGACCCUACCGCAGAGGAAGAGUCUGUAAUGGAAACUCUUGUAACUGUGGUUUUGGAUUCAUCUGGUCAACUUGUGUCUCUUUACAAGCCAGGUGGACCUGUUCUUGCCUAUACAUCAGCUAUCCAGGAUUGUGUUGCACUGACUAGGCAAAGAGCGAGGGAGCUUCAAACGAUCUUAGAUGAAGUCACCUCCAGUAUGGAGGUUGAUUAGUUUUGUCCUUCAUCUCCUAAGGAGAUUGUGUUAUUGGUUUACAUCUUGGUUCUAUAUCCUUGUUUUGUGUUGAAAGUUGUUGCGCUGGAGGUUUCUGAAAGUUAGAAAUACUAGUCUUUUUCUUCUUCUUUUUAUAUGUGGAACUGCUCUGCUUUUUUGUUCAUUUUUCACAUUUUUAGAGCAAUUAGCAGAUGUGAGAAUUCUGGUUUCUUGAAAUUUUGAUGCCUUGAGCUACUUUCAGCAUGGGCAAAGCAUCCCGUUGCAAAGCUUGCCGUGUGAUACUCAUUACUCACUACACGCAUUGCAGAUUGGUUAGAAUCUAGAACUAAGGUUGUACU